CCAGGAGACCGUCACUGACACUCUCUCACACCCCUCAGCUGAAUCAAUCCCAUCUCCAUAGAACAAGACUAUUAUCCCUCGUUCCAUUAGACUUGACACUCGGACCUUUUGGAAAUAUUCUGUGCUCUGCAGUCAAUCACAAGUCUUGGGUACUUUUUGGAAACAACCACUCACACCGCCGUAUACCAGCAUACCGGACAUCAAUAGCGAUAGCGCUCAUUCAACACUGCGACGACUCCCAUCUGACAUGCAGCCAUGGUGCUGCUGGAGAAGCAAUGGGUGAAUGUACAAGAGAAGACUUUUACAAAAUGGCUAAACAAUAAAAUCUCCUCUCGCGACGUCGCCGUCAAGAACCUCGUCACCGACCUCUCCGAUGGAAUCAUCCUUGUUCACCUGCUUGAAGUCCUCAGCAGCGAGUCCCUUGGACGAUAUGCCGCCAACCCCAGGCUGCGGGUGCAGAAAUUCGAAAAUGUCAACAAGUCGUUGGAGUUUAUCAAGAGCCGUGGCAUUCAGAUGACAAACAUCGGCGCGGAAGAUGUUGUGGACGGCAAUAGAAAGAUCAUUCUUGGCCUGAUAUGGACUCUCAUUCUACGUUUCACCAUCUCCGACAUCAACGAGGAGGGUAUGACCGCCAAAGAGGGUCUGCUACUAUGGUGCCAGCGAAAGACCGCAUGCUAUGAGGGCGUUGAAGUGCGCGAUUUCUCCUCGUCAUGGAAUGACGGCCUUGCCUUCUGUGCCCUCCUCGACAUCCACCGCCCUGAUCUGAUUGACUUUGACACUUUGGACAAAUCCGACCACAAAGGAAACAUGCAAUUAGCCUUCGAUAUUGCCACCAAGGAGAUUGGCAUUCCAGACCUGCUUGACGUGGAAGAUGUUGCAGAUGUACCCAGACCCGACGAGAGAUCGCUCAUGACGUACAUUGCUUACUGGUUCCAUGCCUUCAGCGCAAUGGAAAGAGUAGAAAAUGCUGGCAGGCGAGUGGAAAAGUUUGUUAGCAACAUGCAAGGUGCCUGGGAGAUGGAGACGGCGUAUGAAAAGAGGAUGCGCGCUCUUCUUCAACAUAUCAGACAGCAGCGCCAAUCAUGGCACAAUUCGACGUUCGAAGGCACAUACGCCGACGCCAAAGCUCAAGCCAAUGAGCUGGCCAGCUUCAAGAGGAACCAGAAAAGAAGGUGGGUGGCUGAGAAGUCAGACCUUGCAGCCUUACUCGGCAAUAUCAAGACGAAACUGUCGACAUACCGCCUACGACCCUAUGAGCCACCAGCUGAUCUUCGACUUGAGGUGCUUGACCAUGAAUGGGCUACGCUGGGCACGGACGAGCAUGCCAGGAGUAAACUGAUCAACGAGACCAUCCGAGAUAUCAAGAAUGGCCUGAGACGGAGUUUCGCCGACAAGGCCAAUGACUUCGCAUUGACGUUGAACACACUUUCCCUCGCCAUUUCCGGGCUGGAAGGAGAUGUGGAAGACCAAUUACAACAUGCCAAACGUCUAUCAGCGAAUCUGGCACCUCUCGAGCAAUAUCUGGAAGGAAUAGCUAUCCUAGACGAGAAGUGUCAAGAAGCAAACAUUGACGAGAACGACUACACAACCUACACAUACGACGAGUUGCUCUACGAGUUGAGUCUGGUCAAGAUGAGCGUGCAGAAGAAAUUGACGUUCCUCGAGAACCAGAUGGUUGCCAGAAACAUGACCAACCUGACGCCCAUCCAGCUUGAAGAAUUCGAAUCCGUCUUCCGGCACUUCGACCGCGAAGGCAACAAUACGCUCUCGGAACUGGAAUUCAGUGCAGCACUGGCCAGUCUUGGACUGGUCUACGAUGAAGAAGAAAUGCACGACAAGUACGUCGAAGUAUGCCACAGCGGCAUCGACCCAUCAAUGUCGCCCAUGUCACGAAGACAAAGGGAGAGUCGUGGAGUGGGCUUUGAGCAAUUCAUUCGCUUCAUGGUCUCCGUGACUGAGGAUCAGAAUAGCGCCGAACAAGUCUUCCAGUCUUUCCGGGAGGUGGCGGAUGGAAAGCCGUACGUCACCGAGAUGGACCUCCGACAUUCCCUGAUACCGGACGAUUUGAUCGAGGAUCUGCUACACAGUAUGCCGGAGCACAAAGGUCCCGAUAUGGAAGCGGACCGCGAGGUGCCCAAGUACGACUACAUUUCCUUCAUGCAGGGCAUGAUGGAUGGCCAGAACCAAGCGACUUCGAGUGAUGGCAGUCGGAGCCCGACUAAUGGUGUGCAGAUUCCGACUACGCCUAGACGAUGAGACGAUCCUUCAAACUCUUGCCUUGCAUUUUUUGGAUGUCGAUGAGGCGUUUCGUUCACACUGCUGCCAGGCUGCAGAUCAUGCCUGCUCUGAUGUUGGAUUAGUUUUUCAAGCGAGCGUAACAAGAGAUUCGGUCGUCAAGGUUGGGUAUUCCUGUUUUGUCUAGAGGUCGAAUUCGGCCCAGCAGAAAGAAUCCUUCGAGGAUUGGCGAAUAUGAAGAUAGCCACGACGAGCACACAUUACAUACAUUAAUAACACCCCGAUAGGAUGACCUGGCGUCGUCAAGUCGUUCCUUGAAACACA